GGAAGAGGUAAGUCAGGCAAUGCAGGACGUGGAGUGACUGGUUUUCCGCAACCCCCCAGGGACCCCACAACUAUGCCACGAUGUGUGGCAAAUCCCAAUACCAGUGUGAUAAGGUUGCAUGUCUCUCAAUAUCCAAAAGAUUGCCAUCAUCCAUGACACGAGAAACCAGGUGUCAAAAGGGUGGAAACAUUCAAUGUUUGGAUUAUCUCUGCUGCAGCAGGCAAAAGCAUAACUUAGGAAAAGGGUGAAAGUUGGACAUUGUGAAGCUUGCAAAGUGGCAGCCAAAGACUGAGGGAAAUGAGGCACCACUAUAGAAACAACAGGAGCAGGGUCCCACAGAGUCAGGGUGGCAAGGAUGGGGAAAAGGUGAUUGAUGGUUUAGGAUCACAGAAAUAGGAAUGGGAACGCACUCCAAGACUUUAGGAAAUGUUGCUUCAGGGUGGACUCCCAAGGAAGAAAGGUUCCUCAAGAAAAGAGGCUAAACCGCUCUCCUUCAGGCAGGCAAUAUUUCCCAUGGACCCAAGUAUUCCAUUGUUUUGAAUGCUUUUUCCAUGGGUCGACUCUGAAUCUUCCAAUGAUUUCCAAGGUCAAAUGAGCUCUAGUUGGGUCAGAUUUUAAUUCUUUUUCUGGCAGCUGGGUAACUAGGCCACUUCUUGUCAUAUAUUUCUGCAAAGCAUCGCAGCUGCAUGCCAAUCUAGCUGAGCAGCUGACCUUCCUCCCACAACUGGUACAUCCAUCCCAUGGACCUGUUUUGACGGUGUCCCCUAUGCACUCUCCCAUCUUUUCUAAUCUGGAGCUCACAACUUAAUGCUUAGGACACUCAGAACCUCCCCUCAAACACCAUUUCCAUGAAGCUGGCCGGAAGACUCACCCUAAUCAUAGCAUGCCCAGUAUGCACCAGUAAGGGAAGGGAAGCAGGUUUGGGCUAAUCUGUCUGCCUGCCUUUGUUGUAUCCCAGAAAAGCCCAAUUGAACAUAUUAGAACCUGCUGCAAAUCAUCCUGUGGACACACUGAUUAUGAAUAACCACAACCACAACAACAACAAUCAUAAUCAUAAUCUUUUAUUUAUUGCUCUAUUUGGCCUGAGGGAAGACACAACCUAGUUAAAUACAUCUAUCAAACCACAUAAGGAAACAGGGUUGUUGUAUGUCUUUUGGGCUGUGUGGCCAUGUUCCAGAAGCAUUCUCUCCUGACGUUUCGCCCACAUCUAUGGCAGGCAUCCUCAGAGGUUGUGAGGUAUGGAGAAAACUAAGCAAAGAGGUUAAUAUAUAUCUGUGGAGAGUCUAGGGUGAGAGAGGUCAGUGUGAAUGUGUAGUUAAUCACUUAAAUUAGCAUUGAAAAGCUUAUCUGCUGUCUUCUUCCUGCCUCUGGGGCAUCCUUUGUUUAGAGUCGUUAACUGCCCUUGGUUGAUUCAUGUCUGGAAACCCUCUGUUUUCAGAGUAUUGCUUUUUAUUUACUGUUCUGAUUUUUGAGUUUUGUAAUACUGGUAGCCAGAUUUUGUUCAUUUUCAUGGUUUCUUCCUUUCUGUUGAAGUUGUCCACAUGCUUGUGGAUUUCAAUGGCUUCUCUGUGUAGUCUGACAUGAUAGUUGUUAGAAUGGUCCAGCAUUUUUGUGUUCUCAAAUAGUAUUCUGUGUCCAGGCUGGUUCAUCAAAUGCUCUGCUAUGGCUGAUUUCUCUGGUUGAAUUAGUCUGCAGUGCCUUUCAUGUUCUUUGACUCUUGUUUGGGCGCUGCGUUUGGUGGUCCCUAUGUAGACUUGUCCACAGCUGCAUGGUAUCCGGUAGACUCCUGCAGAAGAGAGAGGAUCCCUCUUGUCCUUCGCUGACCGUAGCAUUUGUUGGAUUUUCUUCGUGGGUUUGUAGAUAGUUUGUAGGUUGUGCUUCUUCAUCAGCUUCCCUAUGCGGUCAGUAGUUCCCUUGAUGUAUGGUAAGUACACCUUUCCUCUGGGUGGAUCUUUGUCUUGACUCUCAUGGCUUGUUCUUGGCCUUGCAGCUCUUCUGAUGUCUGUGGUGGAGUAUCCAUUGGCCUGUAGAGCCCAGUUUAGGUGGUUGACUUACAACCUGGCAAAAUUUCUGGCUACACAGCUACAAACCCACAUUGGGCUCACUGCACAUUAUAUCAAGGACUCUACACACUUUAUAGAAAAGAUCAGCAACCUCAAUCUAAGCACCAAGGACAUCCUGAUCAGCUUUGAUGUGGUGUCCCUUUUUACCAAAGUCCCAGUAGCUGACACCCUCACACUAAUCAAACAAAACUUCCCAGAAGACAUCACAGCCCUGUUUCACCAUUGCCUCACCACUAGCUACUUUCAGUGGGACACUGGAUUCUAUGAACAGAAGGAUGGAGUGGCCAUGGGGAGCCCUCUCAGCCCAGUAGUAGCAAAUUUCUAUAUGGAAUACUUUGAAAAACAGGCCCUAGAAACAGCACCAAAAAAGCCAACUGUUUGGUUCAGAUACGUAGAUGACACCUUCACGAUUUGGAGCCAUGGAGAGGAAGAACUCAGCAAGUUCCUGGACCAUCUUAACAGCAUCCACCCAAACAUCCAAUUCACCAUGGAAAAAGAAAAGGAAGGAAAACUGCCAUUUCUAGAUGUUCUGGUCAUCCGCAAACCCAAUCAACAAUUGGGCCACACAGUUUACAGAAAACCUACACACACAGAUAGAUACCUUCAUAAAAACUCCAACCAUCACCCAAGUCAAAAAAGGAGCACAAUCAAAGCCCUGACAGACCGUGCACAAAGAAUCUGCGAACCUCACCUCCUCCAAGGUGAACUCAACCACCUAAACUGGGCUCUACAGGCCAAUGGAUACUCCACCACAGACAUCAGAAGAGCUGCAAGGCCAAGAACAAGCCAUGAGAGUCAAGACAAAGAUCCACCCAGAGGAAAGGUGUACUUACCAUACAUCAAGGGAACUACUGACCGCAUAGGGAAGCUGAUGAAGAAGCACAACCUACAAACUAUCUACAAACCCACGAAGAAAAUCCAACAAAUGCUACGGUCAGCGAAGGACAAGAGGGAUCCUCUCUCUUCUGCAGGAGUCUACCGGAUACCAUGCAGCUGUGGACAAGUCUACAUAGGGACCACCAAACGCAGCGCCCAAACAAGAGUCAAAGAACAUGAAAGGCACUGCAGACUAAUUCAACCAGAGAAAUCAGCCAUAGCAGAGCAUUUGAUGAACCAGCCUGGACACAGAAUACUAUUUGAGAACACAAAAAUGCUGGACCAUUCUAACAACUAUCAUGUCAGACUACACAGAGAAGCCAUUGAAAUCCACAAGCAUGUGGACAACUUCAACAGAAAGGAAGAAACCAUGAAAAUGAACAAAAUCUGGCUACCAGUAUUACAAAACUCAAAAAUCAGAACAGUAAAUAAAAAGCAAUACUCUGAAAACAGAGGGUUUCCAGACAUGAAUCAACCAAGGGCAGUUAACGACUCUAAACAAAGGAUGCCCCAGAGGCAGGAAGAAGACAGCAGAUAAGCUUUUCAAUGCUAAUUUAAGUGAUUAACUACACAUUCACACUGACCUCUCUCACCCUAGACUCUCCACAGAUAUAUAUUAACCUCUUUGCUUAGUUUUCUCCAUACCUCACAACCUCUGAGGAUGCCUGCCAUAGAUGUGGGCGAAACGUCAGGAGAGAAUGCUUCUGGAACAUGGCCACACAGCCCGAAAGACAUACAACAACCCUGUGAUCCCGGCCAUGAAAGCCUUCGACAACACACAUAAGGAAACUUAGUUAAAUGGAACCUGAAAAGCAUAUUUUAAAAACAUGCACAUAUUAAAAUACAGAAACACAGAAUAUGAUGUAAAAGUGAUAGUUAAAACAGACUGGGUAGGCUUUACAAAAGAGAUGGGCAACUAGUGGAAUCACUCCUAGAUG